AUGCUGCGUCGAUUUGGCUUAGGACCUCCGAGCCCGAUGAACUACGGGGGGGCCGUCCAGCGUCCCAGCCCUCGCCCCCGUGGGGGAGCUCGAUAUAUGAAUCAAUACUCUGGACCCGACCCCUGCUAUGACUGUGCAGAUAUUGGCGGGACCCAUCUCUGCGGAUCCUGCGCCGACGAACUUUAUGGAGGUCCAGUAUACAACGUUGUAACGUGCAGUUGCCCGCACUGUGAGCACAACGAUCCUGGUGGAUACGGUGGAGGAUACCCCAGUUACCCAAGAGCGAACUAUAGGAGCGGUAAUCGAAGGCAAGCCAACCCCUUCGCUGGACCAAUGGCGCCCUAUUUCAUCAGCGGGUACGGUGGUGCCUAUGGUGGUGCCUAUAGUGGUGGCCGAGGGCUUCAUGGAAGAGGUGGAGUGGGCCGGAUGGGAUACUGA